GAGUGGCCUCUUUUGUUUGCCUAGCUCCUCCGCAGUUUCUGAGCCUGAAGCUGACCCUGAUCUGAGUCCAAGGAUCCCGUCCAAAGGUUCGCCGGUGUCCAGCCCCGCCAGACAGGGAGGAACCGCUAGCAGGCCCGGCGGUAGUGAGCCCCGUGGACUACCGGUCAGCCCCCGAACGUCCGGCUCCGGAAAGAUCCCUACCAGGUGGGAGGGACCCGACGCGGGUUAGCACGGUAAACUCCAUCCAACAAGCACGGCGGUCACCUGUCUUCCCCCAGCACUGUCCUCAGCUUCUCUGGGCAGACCCACCUGAAAGUCCCUAAAAGGUGUAAGUCUGAACGAGAGGAAACGACUACCGCACUAGAGGAUACAUUUUUGGUAACUUAAGACCUCGCGAAAUUUUUUAACAAAAAAAUGAAAAAAAAACACCUCCCCGUGAAGCCUUUCCGCCCGCCACCCCACCUCCGGCCUCUCUCCGCGACUUCCUCCCGGUCCCCUCAGCCAACGCGAAAAGAAACGCGAGACAGAGAUGUGAGGCGCGGCUCACUCUGACCAAUGGAAAUCGAGGGCGUGGUCUCGAGCCUUUCUCUCAGUGGCCAGGGGGCCCCAGGCCGGGCCUUGGCGCUCGGAGGCGGAAGUCGCCGUCGACUCGUGCGCGUUCUUAGCCUGGCAGUUUGCUGCACCGGGAGCCGCCAUCAUGGUGCGGAAGCUAAAGUUUCACGAGCAGAAGCUGCUGAAGCAGGUGGACUUCCUGAAUUGGGAGGUCACUGACCACAACCUGCACGAGCUGCGCGUGUUGCGGCGUUAUCGGCUGCAGCGGCGGGAGGACUACACGCGCUACAACCAGCUGAGCCGGGCUGUGCGCGAGCUGGCGCGGCGCCUGCGCGACCUACCCGAGCGCGACCCGUUUCGCGUGCGCGCCUCGGCCGCCCUCCUGGACAAGUUGUAUGCUCUCGGCCUGGUGCCCACUCGUGGCUCGCUCGAGCUCUGCGACUUCGUCACGGCCUCGUCCUUCUGCCGCCGCCGACUGCCCACCGUGCUCCUGAAGCUGCGUAUGGCGCAGCACCUCCAGGCUGCCGUGGCCUUCGUGGAGCAGGGCCACGUGCGCGUGGGCCCCGACGUGGUCACCGACCCCGCCUUCCUUGUCACGCGCAGCAUGGAGGACUUUGUCACCUGGGUUGACUCGUCCAAGAUCAGGCGGCACGUGCUGGAGUACAAUGAGGAGCGCGAUGACUUCGAUCUGGAGGCCUAGCGGGUCGUCCCGGCCAGGGCUGUGCCUCUUAGAUGGGACAGCUGAGAACUGAAGUCUGAGAUUCUGUGAGGGCGCUCUCCCCGAGAGUGUGUCAGCCAGGCUUUGGUUCUUAAGAACUUAGCCCCUCAGCUGCAGGCUACACACAGAGCCAAAGGGUACGGCCGUUUUCCAUGAAUUUUGUUAGUCCUUGGACUGUUGAUAAAUGACUGAUUUAAGAGUCACUGGGAAGAAGUUUGGUGCUGCACUGUGGAUUUGUUGGAUUGUGUGCCUGAAACAUUGUAGUGUGAAGGAACUCUGGUCUCCACCCCCUUCCCCUGUAAUACAGCUUUCCCUGUAUUAUCUUGUAGCAGGACAAUUUGGUUCAGUCUAUUUAAUUAGAAUACUUGCUCUGGUUUUGUGAUUAAUCUGUUGCUCUGGUUUUGUGAUUAAUCUAUGUACAGACGAUGGAGAAUUUGGUCUCACGUUUUCAUAAAAUGGGUGUUAACUGUAGUAUUAUGGGUGCCCUUCCUUGCCUAAAGGAAGACUUCCAAAUGCCAAUAAAUGGUCCAGCUGCUUUGUAUGUGCAAA